UUGUGGAGCCUUCCGCCUGCGCCACGCGACUCCGUGACGCCAUCUCCGUGCGCCCGGCCGGCGCGGCGGUCCAUGGCGCUCUUCUGCAUCAACAGGUAUGGUGGUGGGGAGGAGGAGGCGGAGGCGGCGGUGGCCGAGGCGGAGGAUCGGGCUCGGGUCCUACUGGAGCGGCUGCGCCAGCAGGCGAGGGUCCGGCAGCUGAAGAAGCAGCAGGAGGCGCGGCCCGAGCGAGGGGAAGGCGAGCUGCCCGGCGGGGGCGAGCCCGGAGGAGGAAGAAGAAAGAGGACAUGUGAAGAGCAGUCCUGUGCGCACGGACAGAAGAAGCUAAAGAAGAAGCAACAGCCUCGCAGGUCUUCUGAAGAAAGAGCGGAUACUGAGGAGGCAGCAGAUAGCAACACUCCAUCAAAGAAGAAAGAAAAUAGAAUAAAACCGAAAGCGUCUCAAGAGACGACUGAAGCGGAUUCUGAAGAAGACAUCAAACAACAGGAAAACAGAAGCAACCUUAAAAAUAAGUCUUCAAACAGGAAGAAGGCAGACAAGGAAACACAGGGUGCUGAAACAAGGGAGAAAAAAUCCAGUGGAAGAGCUGAAGGAAAUCAAGGCACAAAGGUGGAGCUGUCCUUAGCAGCCUCAGAGGAAGAGGCAAAUCUUCCACCCUCCAGUUUGGUGAUUCUUGAAGACUAUGACAGAAAGCCAGUGCAGAAGGUUCAGCACUUCUUACCACAGUGGCUUGCUCAACCCAAACUAGUGCAAAAACAUAUCAAGGAUAAUUUAGUUCAAAUCAGAGAUGUCCCAGGAAUUCAUCCCAGGCUAUUGAAAAAGCUGCAAAUGAAUGGGAUAGAGUCGUUUUUUCCAGUUCAGGCAGAGGUGAUCCCUGCCAUUCUACAGAGUGCGUCUAACGGGUAUUUGAUGGGGCAGGGAGGAUAUCGCCCCAAAGACAUCUGCGUCUCAGCACCUACUGGCAGUGGUAAAACCCUGUCUUUUGUCAUACCCAUAGUACAGGUUCUGCUCAAUCGAGUAGUUUGCCGGGUACGAGCUCUGGUUGUUCUGCCCACCAAAGAACUGGCACAACAGGUGAGUAAAGUGUUCAACAUUUACACUGAUGGGACAGGUCUGAAGGUCGUUUUGAUUACUGGACAGAAAUCUUUUUCAAAGGAGCAGGAGAUGCUUGUCCAGAAAAAAGUGACAGGCUACUGCAGCCUGGCUGAUAUUAUUGUGGCUACACCAGGACGGCUCACAGAUCACAUUAACCAGACCCCGGGGUUCAGCCUGACGCAGCUUCGCUUCCUGAUCGUAGAUGAAGCUGACCGUAUGAUCGAUGACAUGCACCAAAACUGCCUGAACCAAAUUGUCAAAGCUGCAUUCCAAGUAGAAAAUUACUCUGGCUCCAACAUGUUUUUUCAGAGGACCAAACCAGGGCCUAUAACCGCAGCCAGCUCCUGCUAUCCUCAGAUGCCUUUACAGAAGCUGCUGUUUUCAGCCACGCUGACCCAGGACCCAGAGAAACUGCAGCAGCUGGACUUAUUCCAGCCUCUCCUCUUCACAUCUGUCUAUUCUGAGAAAAAAAUACUUGGAGAUGGAGCAGAGACUGAACAAAACACUAAUAAGAAAUACACACUCCCCGAGGGGCUAUCGCAAUGUUAUGUGCCAUGUGACCUGAAUUCCAAGCCUUUGCUCCUCUUGCAUUUCAUGCUGACAAUGAAAUUUACCCGUGUGUUGUGCUUUACCAACUCCAGGGAAGUUUCUCACAGAUUGUUCCUGCUGGUUCAAGCCUUUGGUGGAGUCGCUGUGGCUGAAUUUUCUUCUCGGUUACCUCCAAAUGAGAGACAGAGAACCAUCAAGGAAUUUGAACAAGGAAAAAUACAACUGUUAAUCAGCACGGAUGCCACUGCACGAGGGAUUGACGUUAAAGGAGUGAAUUAUGUAAUAAACUAUGAUGCACCUCAGUUCAUCAGGACAUACAUUCACAGAGUUGGAAGAACAGCUCGUGCAGGAAAAGUGGGCAUCGCUUUCAGCUUGGUCCUUAGAAUUCAGGAACGUAGGUUUCUGCGGAUGUUGAAGGAUGCCGACAUCCAAGACAUAAAGAAGCACCCAGUGAAGGGCAACUCAUUAAAGCCGUUAGUGCAGCAAUAUGAGGAAGCUCUGUGUAAGCUUGAGAAGACAGUCAAGAACGAACAAGCACAGAAAUGAGUGUAAAUGAAUGGAAGCUGAGAAGGUCAUGUUUUGUGGCACUGAAGCUGCUGAGCAGGCCAGGUCAUGGACUACUUACUACCCAGCACAGAAACAAUGAGAUGCAGUCCCUGGCUCAGUCCAGCUCUCAUAAUGGAGCUGGAUGGUUUGCUCCUCAACCUUAUCAUAUCCAAAGUCAGCUAUUAGAAGCUUCAUUCCCCUUUCAAGGACACUGCAAACAGCGUUCAGUUAGUCGUUUAAAAAAAAAUUGAGAUACAGUUGUCUUGAAGAGGCCUUUGCAUCAUACCCUACUGGCAUAAGUAAAAAUACCACCAGUGAAGAGAACAGCCGUUACACAGCUCUUGAGCAUGGUCCUGAUGGAACUGCUGGUCUCUGAAGCUGCGGGCUGUGCCCUUCUUGCAUCGGAAUGGGGACAACUAAUGCUUGUCACUGCAACUUUUAAUGAAUACUAUAUAUAUUUUUUAAAGUGUCUAAUAAAGAUUCCUGGAUAAGAGGGAUGGA